UAGGGUUCUUAUGAAUGUAUAUUGUGGUCAUCUAGGGUAUGCCGUUUCUUCCGUAGCACGAAUAUUACCUUUCUUCUUCGUUGAAAUAUCUGCACCUUUUCUUUCUUUUAGCUUUUGUUUAUCACAACGGAAUUUCGUGAUUUUUGAUCCUUCUCUCCAUUUGAUUUCAACCACCGCUCUUCUCGCGUGCUCACAGCUCAUCUCCAUUUGAUUUCAACCACUGCUCUUCUCGCGUGCUCCCAGCUCAUCGGAAAGGUAGAUUCAAGACUUCGAUUAAUCUCUAAAGGCAUUAGGUUAUUUGGAGUUCAUAGAUCAAUUGGUGGCCGUGUUUUAGUCCUCUAGCCAUGGCUGGUAGGCUUAUUGCUAACUUGAUUGUUAUGGGCUCUGGAAUAAUGAUAAGAGCGUUUGCUCAAGCAUAUCGUCAGGCACUUGCAAAUGCCUCAAAGACAGGUGCUGCUCAAGAAGCAAUGGAAAAUAUCAAGAGAGGUAGUAAAAUGAUGACUGAUGCUGAGGCAAGGCAAAUCCUCGGAGUCACUGAGAAUACAUCGUGGGAAGAGAUUCUGAAGAGGUAUGACAAGUUGUUCGAGAGGAAUACUCAGAGUGGAAGUUUCUAUCUCCAAUCAAAGGUGGUUAGAGCGAAAGAAUGUCUGGAAACUGUUCAGAAACAUAAACAGGACCCGAGUUAAAAGCUUUGUCGCCUGCUUCCCGGGAAAAUUGCGCCUGGACCAUGCUGUAAGAGCACCCAUGUGUCCUAUAAGCCUAUACUGCUAGUUGCCUGAUUGAUCUCUCGUUUAUUUCUUCUUUUUUUGUCCCUCUAAUAUUUGGAAUAUGGGAUUGCGUUACUUUGAUCGUGGUAAAUAAUCUCACGUGCUAUGGUCUUGCCUGUAACGAGCUCGUAUUUUACAGAAAAUCUGGAUAGAAAGAAAGCAGAGAACACUAAAUCAUAUGUCUAGACCAAUUGUGUCAAGAAAGAAUCAUUUUUUUCUUUUUUUGUUUUUGCAGUAGACAGAUACAACAAAUUAAUACACCUUAGUAAAGGUGUUAAUGUCAAGACGAAUUCCCAUGUUUUGAUUAUUGUUAUUGAA